AUGCGGCAGCUCCCGGUGUUCUUCCGGGGAUGCUGGCAAAGCAGUCCACCCCUCCUAUUGCCGCUCGCCCAGACAGGACUUUCACCUUCUGGGUACAUCCUCCGAACGGAAAAGGAUUCUUCGGCGCUCGAGGUACUCGUGACCAACCUGCAGCUGAUGCCCCCGCGUAUCGUUUGUACGAAUCUGCGUACCAGUAGCACUGGUAACCAUUGCUGCUGGUUUGCUGAUACAGCGCGAGUGAUCGGAAAUUUGAACAUUUCCCUAGCAGGUGAAGAAUCGCGCCGACAUUAUGAUGCGUGCUUUCUGAACAAAGUGCUAAUAUCUCUCUUCUAUUUGGCUUUUGACUACGCCUCUGUUUUCCAUUCGAGUCAGGGCUGCGCGGUUGCUGCACUUGGCACGGCAAUACUCAUACAUAACAGGGAGCAGGUGUCAUGGAUAUCGAGGCAGCAGGAUCCGGCUGAAUCUGGAAUGAUCUAUGAACGGAGAACUACAUAUGAGUCGGACUUACGGUGUGGUUGCGGCAGAUCUAAGUGCAGGAACUCGGAUCAAGUAUCCACAGGAGCUGGUAAACCAUUGCGUUCUAGAUCUGUGACGCGAGAUAGAAGGUUGAUGCAGAUGGAGGUGCGCGAGGAUGGUACCCUUGAAUGCUUAUUGAAAUUCAUAGAUCUCGCUGGCCAGGUGCUUAUCGACAUGCGGCCCAUCACUCCUGCUGUUCUUCUGAUCAAGGCACGCUGUGUAAUCGAUGGUAGUCGAUGGUUGAGAACGCCCAUGAUGCCCCAGGAUGUUGGCAAUCAGCCAUAUCACAAUAUUUACAGGCAAUCGAUCAGUCGACCGGUUGGUGCCAGCAUUUUCCCUGACACGUGCUGAAGCCCUCUUAUCA